GCACCCGCGCCGUGACAAUGGUGGGUUCGUGAGUUCCUCAAUGAUGAGAACAGAGGCCUGGACAUCCUGGUGGAGUAUCUCUCCUUCGCCCAGUGUGCCGUCAUGUUGGAUUUUGAAGGGCUGGAGAUUGGCGAGGACUUUUCGCUGGACAAGGCUAAGUCCUGGAGCAGGUCCAUUGAGGAUCUGCACCAGAAUGGCUGCAAUACGCUGGUCCGCUCUGCGCGGCAAUCCGUCCUCCGCUAUGGCUCAACUUCCAACAGCAAAACCAUCAAGAACUCCAGAUUAGUCAGUCAAAAGGACGAUGUACACGUGUGCAUCAUGUGCCUCAGAGCAAUCAUGAACUAUCAGUAUGGCUUCAACCUCGUCAUGUCUCAUGCGCAUGCGGUCAAUGAAAUUGCCCUGAGUUUGAACAAUAAGAACUCAAGAACAAAGGCGCUGGUCCUGGAGCUGCUGGCUGCUGUAUGUUUGGUGCGAGGUGGUCAUGAAAUCAUCCUCUCAGCGUUUGAUAACUUCAAAGAGGUUUGUAAGGAGAAGCACCGCUUUGAAAAGCUGAUGGAGUAUUUCCGUAGUGAAGAUGGGAACAUCGACUUCAUGGUGGCCUGUAUGCAGUUCAUCAAUAUUGUGGUUCAUUCUGUGGAGGACAUGAACUUCCGUGUACAUCUGCAGUAUGAGUUCACUAAGCUGGGGCUUGAUGACUUCCUGGAGAAAUCCAAGCACACAGAGAGUGAUAAGUUGUCUGUGCAGAUCCAGGCUUAUCUGGAUAACGUGUUUGAUGUCGGAGGUUUGUUGGAAGACGCUGAAACAAAGAAUGUGGCCCUGGAGAAAGUGGAUGAGCUGGAAGAGCAUUUGUCACAUGUGACAGAGAAGCUUCUAGAUGUUGAAAAUGAGACCAUGAUGAAGGUAGCAGACCUGGAGAAACAGCUGUUACACAAAGACAAGGAACUGUCAGCCAUAAAGGAGACGUAUGAGUCCGCCAGCACACAGGUGCACACACUGCGGCGGAUGAUCCAGGAGAAGGAUGCUGCCUUCCAGAGGCACAACAACAUCGAGAAGCGGCUGUUGGAGAUGGAGCAGCAGGGCACCAUCCGAUUACGCAAGCAGCCUGAUGGGGACAUUGCCAUUGAGGCUCUGGGUGGUGGAGGAGCAGCUGGAGCUCCUUUGAGAGACCUGAACUCACUAACUGCAAGCAUGAUUGGGACUGGAGGUCCGGGUGUCACUUCAGUCGCUCCUAUUGAAGCCGUUGCUCCACCCCCGCCACCACCACCACCACCUCCACCGGCCCCACCGCUCCCUUCAGAAGUCGAGUGUGUUCCUAUUCCUCCUCCACCUCCUCCACCUCUGCCCGGACCAUCACCAGUCAUCUUUACUGCUGGCUUAUCGGCCAUACGCAUCAAGAAACCCAUAAAAACCAAGUUCCGCCUUCCUGUCUUCAACUGGGCUGCACUGAAACCCAACCAGAUCAAUGGCACAGUCUUCAACGAGAUCGACGAUGAACGUGUGCUUGAGGAAUUAGACCUGGAGAAGUUUGAGGAGCUGUUCAAGACUAAAGCUCAGGGUCCUGUGGUGGAUCUGUCAUGCUCAAAGAGCAAGGUUUCCCAGAAGGCCAUUAAUAAAGUGCAGCUACUUGAUGCCAAUCGCUCAAAGAACUUGGCCAUCACUCUGCGCAAGGCAAACAAGACCACAGAGGAGAUUUGCAAAGCCAUUCAAACGUUUGAUCUGAAGGCCCUGCCGGUGGACUUUGUGGAAUGCCUGAUGCGGUUCCUGCCCACGGAUGCUGAGAGCAAACUAAUGCGUCAGUACGAGCGGGAGAGGAGACCUCUGGACCAGCUUGCCGAGGAAGACCGCUUCAUGCUCUUCUUCAGCAAGAUUGAGCGGCUCACUCAGAGAAUGAGCAUAAUCACGUUUGUGGGCAACUUCAGUGAUAAUGUCAACAUGCUGACCCCGCAACUCAAUGCCAUCAUCGCGGCAUCAGCUUCAGUGAAGUCCUCUCCAAAGUUAAAGAGGAUUCUUGAAAUAAUUCUGGCCGUGGGCAACUACAUGAACAGUAGUAAAAGAGGCUCAGUGUAUGGUUUCAAACUUCAGAGUCUGGAUCUGCUGCUAGAUACUAAGUCUACUGACAGGAAGAUGACACUGCUCCACUACAUUGCUCUGGUCGUCAAAGAGAAAUAUCCUGAACUGGCUACCUUCUACAAUGAACUGCACUUUGUGGAUAAAGCUGCUGCAGUGUCCCUGGAGAACGUGUUGUUGGAUGUUAAGGAGCUCGGCAAGGGCAUGGAUCUGGUCAGGAGAGAGUGCAGUCUGCACGACCACGCCAUACUCAAGAGCUUCCACCAGACCAGCGAUACACAGCUGGACAAACUACAGAAAGACGCCAAGACUGCUGAGGAGGCCUUCAACAAUGUGGUUCAUUACUUUGGGGAAAGUCCUAAGACCACGCCGCCCUCUGUCUUCUUCCCAGUGUUUGUACGGUUCAUCAGAGCCUACAAGGAGGCUGUGGAGGAAAACGAACAGAAGAAGAAGCAAGAGGAAGCCAUGAGAGAAAAACUACUAGCACAGGAGGCCAAACAGCACGACCCCAAGGUCCAGGCUCAAAAGAAGCGACUUCAGCAGCAGGAUUUGAUCGCAGAGCUCCGGCGCAGACAGGCCAAGGACCACCGGCCUGUAUAUGAGGGCAAAGACGGCACCAUUGAAGACAUUAUCACAGCAGAACAGGGGAUUAAUCUGAGUAAAUUUGAGCACAAAAUAAUUGGAGGAUCUCCGAAGCCAGCCCUUCCUGCGAGCUGACGCGGUGAUCCGGAAUGGGUGGAAGCGACCCUAAAGACCCCUCACUCACUCACCCUCUGCUACUCUCCCCCCGCUUUCUGAAAUGGCAUCUUCCUGCAAUUCACGGUGACUGAGGGAAGUGCAGGACCAAAACAAUGUCUUUUGGUUUUAAGGGGGUGGGGAAGUUAUUUAUUUAUGGAAAUCCUUUUUGGAUUGUGCACUGGAGGCUCUUUCAAAAAAGCCAUUACAGCACAGACUGCCAACCUGGCCUCAUGAACGCUUGCGCACGCAAAUCCUAAGGAGCGUUGGUAAAAGCUUGUGUUGGCACAGGAAUAAUAGCAGUAACACUAGCCUGCUGACCUUGAAGAGCCUUCCAACGGCAGGCGCAUUAACGUGGAUCUCCUCUUAUUGUGCAAUUUAAGCAUGACUUCGUCUAGUGGGAUAGCGCUGAGGUCACUGAUUCCGUUUGUACAGUUCUUUAAGUAUGAACAAAUUAUUUGUUAAUCCUUUUCCUCUACCUGGCACAGAAUAGCCUGUCUCCAGUAUUUUAACCUAGACCAGUACUAUGGUUACAAAGAAGUGCCUUUCUGUUGAGUCAGUAUUAUUUCUUAUAACCAAUAUUGAUCUAUCUAAGUUUAUAUUAUUGUUAAUCGUUAUGUUGUAAUAUUUCUUAUACUUAAUGUAAAUAUAAUACGCAAUUAUCCAAGAAACGCAUUGCAGCGUUAACAAAAGAGCCUGGACAAGUGCUCUGUUUGACUGACUUUGUGCCUUGUAUUAAUGGCUCUAUCUUCACUCGGUUCUUUAAAUCAGUUUAAUGCUCAUGUACCAGAACAAAGUGUAGGCCUAUGUAACUUUGUCAUGCCAUGAAACUUCUCAGAGAAUAGUGCUCUGGUCCAUUUUUUUACCCCCAGAAUUAUGAUGUAUAUAAAUGAAUUUUUCUCUGUUUUUAAAAGGAUACCAAAUGGGAACCACUCCUAGAUUGUAAACAUGACUAUAUAAUAUUUUGAAUGCGCAAUUUGUACGUAAUUCGCUCUAAGUUAGUAAAUGAAGGACAGUCGUCAUGCUUUUCAGGAAUUAAUUCAUUAGGUUUCAGCAAAAAAAAAUACGUUUUGUAAGAUGAUUUUUUCAUAUCACUUCUUCUAACAGAGUAAUUACUCUCUUUGCACUAACACUGAUUAAGCGAUUCGGAAAUUGAGCUCUAUUAAGCAAUAAUGUAGCUACGUGAGGCUGCGGAUUAUUGUGAAACGGCCUCAAGUGCCUAUUGCUUUUAUUAGAUAGUCUAUAAAUGAUAAAGAUAUUAAACGUUAAGCAAAUACACAUGUGGUAAAGCGGCAUCUUUCGCACUAGAACAUGUUCCUCCUGUCCUGACUGACCGAAAACUUCUGCGCUUCAGUGAUGUCAACAGGUGUUUGGCGUCAUAGUUGGUGGAACGCUGUUCUGACCAAUCAUAAGCCAGGACCGGAACUCACCGUUAAAAAAGGGACAUAACACUGCAUGUUGACUCGAGCUCGAGAGAAGUGAACAAACAUAAAAUCAACACUAAUGUUGUGUGGUAUUUUCUAGGAGUUAUUUCUUAGACUGAACUUUUUUAUUUACCUAAUGUUGUACCACAGCAUAAACUAAAUCAAGCCAUUUGGGAGGAAAAGCAAAGCACAAAAUGAAUGUACCAAAGUUUUAAUGUUAUUUGGUUGAUAUGGACCAAUGAAUGCAGCAGUUAACUGGAUAUUCUGUUCAAGUGGCAAAUAAAAAUAUUUGAGACUAGACUUAUAACAAUGUUGUCAAUAAAUGUUUGCACAGGAGCAAUACGGUAAAGAGGA